CCGCCGGAAGCCGCCGAGGGCGCCGGAAGCGGAGGGUGGUGCGGCCGUUCGUGUGCCUGGGAGCUGGCUGGGCGAGCGCCCGCGUGGUGCAGGGGUCAGUAUGGGACUCCUGAGCGGGGCUGCUCGCAUGCUGGUGCGGGGCGCCGACCGCAUGAGCAAGUGGACCAGCAAGCGGGGCCCGCGCACCUUCUACAAGGGUCGCGGCGCCAAGGGCACCGGCGUCCGCGGCCGCGACGGGAAGUUCGUGCUGGUCAAGGAGAUGGUCCCGGAGCUCGUGGUGCCCGAGCUGGCCGGGUUCAGGCUCAAGCCCUACGUGAACUACCGCGCCCAGGCGGGCACAGACACGCCCCUGACGGCCGAACAGCUGUUCCGGGAGGCAGUGGCACCUGCCAUCGAGAAGGACUUCAAGGACGGCACUUUCGACCCGGAGCAGCUGGAAAAGUACGGCUUCGAGCCCACCCAGGAAGGCAAGCUCUUCCAGCUGUACCCCAAGAACUUCCCGCGCUAGGAGCCGCGGAGUGACCGCCGCUGGGUGUGCCUGCGAGCCUGCGGACUGCGCCCAGCCAUCCUCCCCGGCCGCUGGCCCCGGGGUGGGCGAGUGGGGUCGGCUUUGGCAUCUGAUCGUUGUGAGAUGAAAGCGACCUAGGCAGAAUCCUAGAGACCCUACUCCCAGUGAAACCGGAAUCCGUCGUCUUCCCGACCACAAGGUUUUGGGGCAAGAAUACGUGGCUUAGCUUGCAGAAGGAAAAGAAUUCACAAGGCGCAUCGUGCCACGUGACAGCACGGGUUAAUUCAUCGCCCAGAUUCUUCACCCCACGAAACCAAUCAGCAUAUUCUUUAUGGGUUCAAAAGCAGCUGUUUUGGGGGCAAACCUCCAGUAAUCUAGUCUCUUUCUCUUUUGGGUUCACCUGUUUCGGUGCAUAGCCUUCUGGUCUUCUGUAUUCUGCUUCAUUGAUUCUUGUGUUAAAUCCCUUAAACUCUAAAGGAGGGUUCAAACUCUUCUGUUGAAAUAAAUGCGACAUUAGUUGGGAAUCCAUCAUUUUAGCACAGUAAUUUCUUGCAUGUUCUCACCUAUAUUUUCAUCAGAAAAUAAAGCAAAAAAUAGAAGUGUUUUUCUGGGA